AAAAAAAAAGAAGGCAAACAGUAGCUGGAGUAAAAUAGAGGUGAGAGCUAUAAAAACACUCACUCGAUUUGGAAGCAUCAAGGCAAAGGACUUACGUGAAUCAUCUGUUUCCUGUGACUUGAUUUUUUCCAAAACAGGGUCACUCCUGCCGACCCACCAUGAUCCAGGCUGUGCUGCUGACCUCUUGGUUCUGGCUGUUGCCAGCAAUGGCCUCGCCAACACCAGCCCAGAAGGGCUCCCCGCGCACCCAGUCAUCUCUUGGAGAAACUGAGGCUCUUCCACACACGCUCUUCAAACAGCUCUUUCUCCCAGAUGCCGAGACCUGCCAGCACCUCUUGCACGCAGCCCCUUCCUUGGCCCCCCUGCCCGGGUACCUGUCCAGCUUGGCCGUCGAGCUUGCCCUGGAGGAGGUCGGCUGCCCCCAGGAGGCCGACGGUCUGCAGCGCCAGCUUGGUAGGAUGGCCAGAAAGGACGUCGCUGAGACCCUCCAUGAGAGCAUAAAGCCAGACGAAGAGGGAGAGGUGGGCGACACUCAGGUCAUUUCGGGAGAUCCAAGCGUAGACCUGGUGGUCUCCCCAGGGCAGCUUAGGCGGGUCCAGCGCUCGGUUACCCUUCCUGAGACAUGUAAGUCUGAGUACGGUUGGGUCUUCCACGAGACAGCAACACUGGUAGCUGAAUUUGCCGACAAGCUCCCUACCACUGACCUGGUCAAGGAGUUAAAGAGUACCGCAAUCCAAAGCGCCCAAGAGUGCACUAGUGAAUCUUGGGAGCGUUUGGAAGAGGUAGCCAACCGGCUAGUGGAAAGCCCUGAAAUUCACCAAGACUCAUUGUCUUUACAAGAUAAGAUUUACUUCCUCAAGAGAUGUGUAAGCAUCGUGGUACGGAUUAUACUAGAUUUCAUACAGAAAGAAGUGAAGCGUUAUUUCUGGUAGGGAAAGCUCCUCCCAUUCUCAGCGUCUCUGAUCAAACUCUGCUCAAGGACUGGGCACAACAAGUGGCUGGAAAUUUGGGGGACAAUUUUGUGCAGAUGUCUACCCUCAUUAGAGCUGAGCACUUAGAGACAUGUGACCAGAGUCAACUUUGUCCCCUCUCAAUUGGCCUUGGCUCCUAUUUUUGUGUCCCUGUUUCUCUUUCAGUCAUACACUAGAUACACAGAGUAUUUUCCUCCUCCAUCUGUGUCCCCUUACUUUCUAGCUUGUUUAUGUUGAUUGUUAAAUGGAAACAAGAAAUUAAAAGCUGGUUUUCUACCUG